AUGUCUCAUGAUUCUGGGGAAGAGAACUUUGACCCGGUCCUACAAGAAGAGAUUGAUGAUGGUCCAACAGCUUCUUCAGUUGGUGGGAAGAGAAGACGAACUCAGCCUACAACUUCUACUCAGCCCACAACUUCUCCUCUACCGUCUCAACCGAGAAGAAAGCCAGCUCAUAGAUCUCCGGUUUGGGAGCAUUUUGUUCAGCAAGCACAUGAUCCGGCAAUCGCCAAUUGUCGGUACUGUGGUCAAGAGUUAGGAUGUGACACAGUGAUUCAUGGAACAAGUGCUAUGAAGAAUCACAUUAAUAGGUGUAAGUUGUACAAGAUGCAUCUAGAGAGUGGUAGUCAGAGUGUUUUGGCUGGUGAUAGCAGUGGUGUAAUGACUGCAAUCAAGUAUGAUCAAACUUUGUUCAGAAGGUCUGUGAAUGAGAUGAUCGUUCUUAAUGAGCUGCCGUUUGCAUUUGUGGAAUCCGAGGGUUUUAGAAGAUUAUGCAGCAACAUGCUUCCCAUGUAUACGAUUCACUGCAGGAAGACAGUCACAUCCGAUAUAUACAAUAUGUUUCUGAGAGAGAAAGGAGCUUUGAAGGAGCUGUUUGGUAAGGAGAAGCAGAGAGUUUCUAUGACAACCGAUAUAUGGGUAGCUCCCAUGACUUGUUGUAGCUACAUGGUGGUAACAGCUCACUGGAUUGACAGAGAUUGGAAGUUGCAGAAGAGGAUCAUUAGUUUCAAGCCAGUGACAGAUCACAAAGGUGAUACAAUUGCUGAGCACUUGGUAGCCUGUCUUGAAGAAUGGGGAAUUGAGAAGGUAUUCACAGUAACAGUGGAUAACGCUAAGGGGAAUGACAAGGCUCUAAGGGUAUUCACUGAUGCUUUGAUCAUGAGAGGACCUGAUGCUUUAGUUAGUAAUGGUGAUCGGUUGAAGUCGUUUCUGUUGAGGGUUGACACAGUGAACGUAGGUAGAGGUAGUUUGUGUCUCGAUGUUGCUACUAGGUGGAAUUCGACCUAUCUAAUGCUGACAGCCGCAAUCAAGUUUCGGGUUGCAUUUGAGAAAAUGUUGGCCGAAGACAAGUUGUAUAACGACUACUUCAUGGAGACUGAAGAGAAUCGUGAGGAGAAUGGUGAUGAAGCUGAACAGAAUGGGCAGAAGCGUGUUGGUCCUCCUACUUUUGCUGAUUGGGAUCAAGUGCAGAGGCUAGUUAAUUUCUUGAAGAUCUUAUUCAACUGCACUUUGUCUUUCUCAGCUAGCAAAUCAGUGACCUCUACUGUUUGUUAUAAUGAGAUUGUGACGAUUGAGAGGAAUCUUAUCAAUCUAAGCACCAACGGUGAUGUGCUACUAAAGACAGAGGCGAUGAUGAUGAGGAGUAAGUUUGAAAAAUAUUGGGAUGGUCUCUUAAACAUGAAUCCGCUUGUCAUCAUCGCAAGUGUGUUUGAUCCCAGAAACAAGAUGCAGUUUGCUGGUCUUUGCUUCGACAAGCUUUAUGGAAAAGACAGUGUCGAAAGUGCUCAUCUAAGAUCAUCAAUUAAGGGUGUGAUGAAGAAGAUGUAUGCAGAGUAUGUGAUGAAGUUGAGCAUAAGUGAACAAGUUGUACCAACUACUGCUGGAGUCGUACCUGAUCCUGGAGUAUCAGCAAGUGAUUUAUUUGAUUUGUGGGAUGAGGAUGGUUAUGAGAGGAUGUAUACGCUAUACUCUGAGAUGGUGGCUGAAUGCACAAAUGAAGAAUGUAGCAGUGAGCUAGAUAUUUACUUGUUGGAGAAACCGGUGCCAAGGACUCCAACUGCUUUGGGAUUGGACUUUGAUGUUCUAUCUUGGUGGGGGUGA